UGAAUCAUCAGCUGUCGUCAGUUUUUUAGAGAAAAACAAAACGUAGUUUGGUGAAAUCGAGCUAAAUUCUGUGGAUAUAGUUUGAAAACAAACACGACAUGUCGGUUAAUACGGCCCACGCCAACAAUGGCGUGCUUAUCCAUGCUGGAGAGUACAUACUGCUUCACAGCGACAGCGUGUCCAUGGAGUUUUCCGGCCAGGACAAUCCCAUUUUUAAGGGCUCGAAAGCGGGCAGGAUUUACCUCACCUCCCACCGGAUGAUCUUUAAUAGCAAGAAGGCCGCGGAUUCGAUGCAGUCCUUCAGUGCUCCCUUUGUGGCCCUUUCGGAUGUAGAGAUCGAACAGCCUGUUUUCGGGGCCAACUAUAUUAAGGGAAAGGUUCGUGCCCAGCCAAACGGAAACUACGUGGGAGAAGUCAAGUUUAAGCUUCAUUUCAAGGCUGGCGGUGCCAUCGAAUAUGGCCAGGCUCUACUGCGCUCCGCAAAGACGGCGAUGAACAACUACCAUCGCGGUGGAAUGGCUGGCGAUGAUCCGCCGCCUUACCAGCCAGCUGGAGCCUGGAAUGAGGCACCUCCGCCAGCGUAUCAGCCGCCACCCGGUUACUACGGCUGGCUGCCGCAGCACGAUGCCUUCAGCGGGCCGGCUCCGAAUACGGUCUUUAUGAGCGACAAUCCGCCGCCAUAUCCGGGGAUUGCACCACCGGCGCACCAGCCAGCACCACAACAGCCGCAAGGCCCGCCGCCGACUGAACCCAAUUGGUAUGGUUUUUCAGCACCGCCGCCGCAGCAGCAGCAACAACAGCCGGGUUACGGUCCGCAAGGAUGGGCCGGUGGAUAUGUCCAGCCGCCACCGUACGCCUCCUGUGCUCCAAAUUGUCCUCCUGGACCACCAUAUGCCGCCCCGGCCCAGACGUACAAUGGACCGCAGCCCUAUGGCGGAUACGGAAAUGUACCCGGUGGAUUUAACACUCCGGGACUUCAGCAACCAAGUGGCUAUCCAAAUGGCUACCCAGGUGGACCACCGCCUGCAGGACAGCAGGCGGCAGGAGCAGCCGGAGGAGCCGCUGCAUCCGGAGCCAGCUUUAUGGGUUUCAGCUUGCCGCCAGGAAAAGAAAAAAUAACAAAUGCUUAAGGAGAUGAAAAUCCAUGAAAUUAACAGCAUGAACAUCUCUAAAUUAAUCAAAAUCUUCUUGAUAUGUUUACGAUGAAGAUCUGAAAACUAAUGAAAGGUUUUAAGAAAGUUAGCAUGAAAAUUUCAUCAAGAGGCAUUAAAGAAAUAGCAUAACGAUGUAAGAACUAAUCAAGAAGAAUCCAUAAAUUAUGAACUUGAUUUCAAAUCGAAUCAAGCAGUUUCAAGAAAAGCACUUUAAUCAAGACAUCUUCGGUUCGCUCUGUAUUUAAUAUUUGUUUUAAAUUUUAAUAUUAUAUUUAGUGUGAAAAAAUUGCAAUAAAUUGUGAGUCAUACUGCUAAAAUUUAAAUUUUAAAAUCAAUUUAACUAUUUAAUUUUGAUCAGUUUAUGCUUUUAUUACUUCCCUAAUUUAAAUCCUUUAAUCAGAUUUUCCACCUAAUACCUCAUAAUCGAUUUAAUUAAUUACUAAAACAAAAC